GCUCCCGCACGCGACGCGUCCACAGCCGCGCUCCGGACCCGCGGGAAACUUCUUAUAAACAAUUCAACAUUAAACUCUGUGUCACGCGGUUAUACACAAAUAUAUGUACACUUUACUAACGAUGUGCAAGUUGGCAGGCCUAGGCUAUCGCGUGGUGGAGCGAGUUUGCCCUACUUACUAAUGUGAUUGUCGCCCUGUGUAAAUCUGACUUAAUGUGCUGACUUCUCUAUCACAUAAGUGUAACGUGAUUAACUGACCCUAUACGGAUUGUAACUUGACGGUGCAAAAUAUUAACUUAUUAUUAUUUUUGAGAAUUUUAGUGUACCCGUCCCUACCGACAAGAAUUGUCUCAACUAGUCGUCCAACUAAAGAUUAUAAUUAUUUUAAAAUUGAAGUGAUUUAAUUGUAUGGUAUUUUUUUAAUUGAAUGUUUUAAUAAUUUAGCUGCAGUUUGCGAGACAGGCCCGUUUCUAGUCACGUAAGAACCUUGAAGUUAAGUUAACGCAUACGUGGAACGUUUAUGUAAUAGAUCAACCAAAUAUAAUAUUUAGGUAUGUAAAACAUAACUCAAAUAUAACGAGUCAUAAAUUACAACGAACAAAAACCUUUGAAUUAUUAAGUGUAAUGCCAUUAACUGCCAGUUACUAAUGAACUAGGCACAGUUGAAAAACUCCGUAAUGAACUAAAGAACCACUUUGUACGCACAGAAAGUUUGCUAAAAGAUUAAUCAACCGUGACUCACAAAUAAGCUAAUUAAGUGUGGCACUGGAGACAAGCUAAUGAAUAAAGGGCUUCUUUGACAUUUUUUAUACAGCAACUGUGUUAAAACUAAUUAAAAACUGAUUUUGUGUACUUACUACACAAGUGAUCGACUACCUCUAACUGAUGAAUAAAAGAAUCAUAAAAAGCAUUCAAGAACUUAAUUUUGAAAAAGGAAUUAACGAAGGUGGAGAAGAUAAAGAAGCGAAUGGUGUGCGAUGGUGGUGCGAUGCUUUGCUUGGAGUCUCUGAUGGCGCGCUGGCGCGAGCGCAACGAGCGGGAGGGGGAGCGGCGCGCGCGCUCCCGCAGCCUCUGCUCCUCUGCAGGAGACGGCAGUCUGCUGCAGUUGUUGCAUAGACGGGCCAGUAGCGCUAUCUCGUCCGCGAGUGAAUUGAUCACCAGGCGAGGCGUUUUCUCCAGAAGACAAUAUGGUUCGGUGGAACAGUUGUCAGGCACAGGCGAUGCAAGCGGUGCGGUGGACGCAGUGGCUCGGCGCUAUCGACUCGAAAAUGGAAACUCCCUUGGGGAAAAAGAUGAGUUGUUUGGACCGCCGAGCGCGCCCGUUCUCGAGAAUCCCGAAUUCCAAACGAGAUGGUACUUCAAAUACUUUCUUGGCAAAAUGCAUCAAAACUACAUAGGAGUGGAUGGAUCGAGAGAACCGUAUCUACUAAGUAUAGUACAAGAAGGCGGGGCGGGACUUUUACGAGCAAUACUCUUCAACAAAAUGGGUGCCCACAAGAUAUACCUGCCUCCUAGUGCUUGGAGUGGAGGAGGCGGACAGACACCAACCCGGCCGACAGUCAAGCAGAUUUUAUCACAGUUUCCUGCCAUGGAACGUGUUGACAAAGUACCAAGAGAAGUUACAUGUGCCGAAAUUCAGAAAGACGUGCUUUUACUUGAAGAGCAAGAAGGAUCAGUUAAUUUUAAAAUUGGAGUGAUGCUAAUGAAACCAGGCCAAAAGACUGACGAUGAAAUGCUAUCAAACGAGAGGGGCGACGAGAAAUGGGAACGAUUUAUUUCACUUUUGGGAGAUAAAAUUCGAUUACGUGGCUGGAACCGCUUUCGAGGUGGCCUCGACGUUAAAGGUGAUAUGACCGGCAGCCAUUCUAUCUACACCAUGCAUCAGGGACACGAAAUCAUGUUCCACGUUUCCACCAUGCUACCGUUCUCCAAAGAUAAUAAGCAACAGCUGGAAAGAAAGCGUCACAUCGGCAACGACAUUGUGAACAUCGUGUUUACGGACGACACCGUUCAUAAUACUUUUAAUCCGCAGUGUGUCAAGAGCCAUUUCACACAUAUCUUCGCAGUGGUGUCGGAAGUUGAAGGCGAAGGUUACAGGCUCAGCGUGUACAGCGACGACACGGUACCUCCAUUUGGACCGUCACUACCCUGCCCGCCAGUCUUCAACGACCCACAACUCUUUAGGGAGUUUUUGUUGGUGAAAUUAAUGAACGGAGAAAAAGCGGCGUUCCAGACUCCAACGUUUGCUUUGAAGCGUCAGCGAACCCUCGACACUCUCAUAAGGGACAUAUACGCUGAGCACUGCGCCGAUCACAAGGUGCCAAUGCUAUCUCGUCGAGCGCUAUCAGACGUAUGGUCUGGCGGGGCGGGCGCGGGCGGUGCGGGGGCCGCGCGCACUGAACGCUUUCUACACGUGGGACAAGCGCUCAAACUCGACGCCGUGCUCCGCGGCGAUGCUCCGACCAGCUUAGUGUCUACAGGAUGCGGUGGUUCCCGUCGCGCGCCAUGGGAGGGCAGAGUAUGGAGAUCAGCACCUCUUCCAGCGACACCCGUCUGCGCAGAACAACUCUCGGAAGGACGACUGUUGCUAUCCACUACUUCCAACACGUACAUUUUGGAAGAAAGUGGAACAACACGAGUUGUACUACGAUGGGAGGGUUGCGUCCGAGCGGCUCGGGUGAGCGAACGCGUCGGUCUGUUCCGCGUCGGCGCAAGAGUGACGGUCGGAGGAGGGUCCACAACAGGAGGAGCAGGCGGUGCGGGACUUUACGCGCUGCCUUUGCAAGAGCUGUGCGCAGGCGCGUGGGCCAUGCGACCUUUACAAGACUGCAAGCAUGCAAGACUACCAAGAACCAAGACGGCGCAUUAUUUCGAUCUACUAGAAACUGGUGAAGGCGGUAAAACAACAUUAGCCGUAGCAAUCGGGAGAAGAGUAAUGCUCAUGCUCGAAGAAUCCAAGACUGAUUGCGAGAUGGGAUUCGAAUACACACAUAUCAAGGAUAUCCAACUCAGUGAAUCGCCAUGUUUGAUCAAACUUAUGGACGGGGAAGUAGGCGUAAUGGUGGUCGGAUAUAAGCAUCAUUGGGAACUUUUGGAACUGAAUACCGGACAGGCCCUGAAACGAGCCGAAAAUUCCGAAGACAGCGGCCCUCGACGCGGGACCUUAGUGAAUGCUUUGCGUAUUGGCGACGAGAGAGAUGGACAGAUUGUGCUAUGCUACAAUCAUACAUGCCAUUUCGAACGGUUCACUAGUAAAGGACUGGAAAAUGACGGUGAAUACGAUUUCCAUUGGACAACCGUUCCUGCUGCAGUUGUAUGCGCUUUCCCAUACAUCAUGGCGUUUGCUGAAGACUUAUUAGAAAUCAGACUUGUGGCGAAUGGGUCCUUAGUCCAUGCAGCGUGCAUACCUGGGCUGAAGCUGUUAUGCGGCCGAAGGGAUAUUUUCUACGUGGCGUGCGCCCCGGAGUACGUGCCGUUGAGUCGCGAGAUCGACCCGUGCCUCGGCUUGCACGACUACGAGCUCGUCAAGCAGAUGAGCAAGGCCAGCCCAUACUCAGUCGACGAAGACGAGACCCAUGACAAUAGAGGAGAAGCAUGCGCCCCCAAUAACCGUACAUCAGAGGACAAUUCAGCGUCAAGCAGAAGCAGUUCGAUAUCGUCCGACCAGGAGAACAUCAGACCGCCGUUGCAGCGCAUGGCGCCCGUGUCACCGCCCACGUCGCCGCAAGUGCUUCCGGAGAACAGUGGUCGAUGCGUUCGAAUCUACAAAAUCCCCCAAAGCAACCUCAGCGCCGGCACAUACCAACGGCAAUCUGUGUCUGCUGACCAAGUCGUUACUUCGUAUUUUUCUGACAGGCCGAACAGUAUGCGACAGCGACUAGCCGAGCUAAGACUGGACAGCAAGUCAAGGGGUGGAGGCGACGAAGAGACAUUAUAAACGCUGACUCAUCAAGUUUUUGCCGUAGUUAGGUAUUGAAUACGGAAACAGGUGCACAAUUUUAAAGUAUGUUUAGAAUAUACAAAAAGAAAACUUAUUAUACAUACUAUUAUGAAUUUUAAAAGUUGUUGUUGUUCAACUUAAUAUGUACAGGGUUAAUUGUAAAGCACUACAAUCCUGAAGUUCAGUACAACGUUAUAAAGUAAUGCAUCUAUUUUUUUUAUAAGAAAAUAAUUAAGGUUCUCUUGGGUUGGAUGGUAGAAAACAAGGAAACCAUGUUACAUUGUUCUUAUAUUGAUAUAAUUUUGUUCGAAAUAUAAACAUGUUAUUGAAAAAACAAAUUGUACUGAUGUAGUUCAAGUAGAUAGAGAUUAGCGGCAAUUCACAUUUAACCCUGUAUAGUGUACGAUAGAUUCAUUUGUAUUCCCGUAGUGAAAUUACAUGUCGCAUGUUCUCGUAGAAAGUAGAUUUUGUGAACAAAACUUUGAAUGAAAAGAAUGUGAUAUACUGAUAUGUGUGAAACGUAGUCAUCAGAUAUAUAAUACGUAUAAUAAAGUAGCACCUACGCGUAGAUCAAAUAUCUAUUUUACGUUGGCUAAUAACAUAUUUUAUUACUGUUACAAAUUCAGAAUAUAAACAGAUAUAAUAUUUACAUAAGCUAAAUAAAUCACAUAUUUUAAAAUAUAUGUGUUGCUAGUAAAGUUGGAUAUAUAUACAGAUUGAAUGUGCACAAAAAAUGCUCAAACAUAUUGGCGGAAUAAAAUUUUAACUUUCAUGAAUAUAUUUAAUAAUAACUGGGUCGUUCGAUGUUUGUAAAACAAAUUAAGAAAUAUGAUAAGGAAUUUUACGACACUAUAUAUUUAUAAAUAACUAUAUAGCAUGUACAGUGUAUGUAUUGACGUCUAUUUAAUAUGUACUAAGAUUAUCAAAGAAUCUCAUAUUACCUAAUCGUACUCUUAUUCUAGUCACACGACUUGUGCAACAUGUAAGACAUAAAGUGAUGUAUAAUAGUUCUGUAUAAGGUUAAAUUACUAUUACACUAGACUACGCCUUCGUGUGGACGAAACUUCAUACAAUGAUAAAGUAGGCAAACACAAUAUCCUCACUGUGCUACUUAGCAUUACCAUAAUUCCUUUCUAAUCAGUCAUGCUUGUCAGUCUGAACUGAGAGAUUGUUAUAAUUAGUCUUGUAGAAACUUAUUCCUAAAUACAUUACGGUUUAUGAUUAUACGCCUCUAUUUUGCAAAAUUGGUUGAAUGCGCAAGAUGUGCUACCAUUUAAUAUCGUAUACCACAGCACCCCAACUGGUAUACCAUAAACACUGUUGUUUUUUAAAUUUUCAAUCCUUAUACAUAUUUAAAGAAAUUUGUUAUGGAGAUAGUUUGCACACCCGAGGAGGUCAUAGACUACUUUCUAUUUCGGGAAAAUGUAUUUUGGGGCCUUCACCCUGGAUAAUUCUAUCACGCUGCCAAAGUCGCAAGCUAAAUCAUGUCAUAAUAAUAAUGGAGAUACUAAGUUAGUACCCACGUAUAGUUUAUAAUUGGUAUUGGUAUUCUAAUACGUUCCGUGUGUAAAAUAGCAUGUUUCGCCAAAACCAGAGGCAUUCAUUUUAAUUUUUCUAAAUACAGAUACAAUGUCAUAGUAAUUAUUAUAAUAAGUACUGCAAAUUUUAAGACAUCUGUAUUAAAUACUAUUUUGUUUUAAACUUAUCUCAUACUUUUUCAAGAAAGUAGUGUAAUGUUUUUCUUCACAUAAUUAAUUAAAUAGUUUGAAGUUUCGUUCACAUUUAAUGGAUAACUAUGAUAACAUUACUAUCUCUUAAAUCUAUUCUACAACAGAAAAGAAGUGCCAUCCAAUUAUUUGGUUAUCUAUCUAGACUAAUAUAAAAAAAAACUGUAAUAUUUUGCGAUGCAAGAGAAUUGAAAUCUUAUUUAAGUGUUAGUACACAUUCUUGAUGUAAAUAAUAAUAUAUUCUUAGUAUUAAGCGUAUUCAGAUGUAUUAAAUAAAUGGAUAUAUACUAGGAAUAAUUAUAGCAGACAUAAAUAUUAGAUGAAAACGCUGAUAUUUUUAUGAUUGUGUCGAUGUUGGUAUUGUAACUUUAAAUAAAAGUAUUGUGUACUUCUAUUUGUUGUAGCGUGACAUAAUGGAUAAACAGGGAUGUUUUUGAGCGGUCGUAGUGAAGCAAUUGUUUUAAUAACUUCAUCUUCAUAAACUUUGAUUGCAGCACCGGAAUUUGAUGUUUUCAAUACCACGUGUAUUUGCGUGAUAAUAAUAAACCACUGUUCAUAGUCUGUUGUUAGAACUAUACAGCCCAAAAUUGAUGUAUAUUUGACGAUGGAGGCAAAAUUAAAUUUCACCCCAUUAAUGUAACCCAUCCCAUUCCUAAAAGAUAAUGGCAUCAACAACAACAUAGAAUCCCAUGUAUGGUAGAUAUGAAAAAAUAUCAGCGUUACUAAUUCAAAUUUGAAUGUAUUUUGAUGUUAUGUGAUGAAAUUUUUAAUAAAAUUACCAAAGAAAAAAAGAACCAAACUGAUAGAUAGUAAGAUUAUAAACAUAAGUGUAUAGAAAUAUAAAAAAUGUUAAUAACGUUACGGUAAUUAUAAAAAUAUAUAUAUAGCAACCUUUCAAACUAACUUGUAACAAUAUUACCAGAUCUGAAAUCCUACUUAACCUUUUAUGAAUAAACUAAACUUAAAUUUGCUACGGAAUUGUUUAAAACUAAAGUACACAUUUGAGUUUAUACAUGUGGGUAUCUAAUACUUGCAUUCUCCUUAUUGACUAUUAUAAAUGGAUAUGUAUGUCAUCUUAGAAAAUAUUUCCUAUAAAUAUUAAGUAGUAAGUAUUUAUGAAGAAAUCAGACUAAUGCAUAGAUAAUAAGACUGUUAUUAACACAAGCCUUUCCAAUGGUCUAUCUACCUAUGAAUACUGUAUUUGAGCAUUAACAUAUAAACUUUUCUCUCAUACUUAUCAAUAUAAUUUUAACUAAAAUUAUCAAUAUUUGGGAAGUACAAUUCUUAAGACUAAAUACCUCCAACAAAAUUAAAAUAUAAUAUGUAUAUUUAAGAACAACUUACCUACGUGUAGUUGGUGUUUUACAUUAAAAAGCAUAGACCAGGUACGAUAUAUCCAUAUUAAUAUAAUUCAGAUAAAAAUAAUUGAAAGCGUAUCCUGAACCGCGGGGCUCACGUUUAUUCCCUAGCCAUGCCGAUCUAUUUCGAAUUCACGUCCUCGCGGCUUAUUUACCGUUGUAAUCUAUCUCUUAAAUGCAUCAUUACGAAUGUAGGCGACACCAAACCCUCGCACUGGUCAAGGCAUUGAGCUAUCGUAACAUUUGAACCAUGAAAAUGAUCAUCAAUAAAUUACUCAAUAAUUUUUAUUAAUUUCCAAGUAAUUAACAGCAAUUUUCAAUAAUCGAUCCCAAUCUUAAUCUUCGAUUCGUUUUGGGAAUAAACCAAUCAAGACAAGUCAUUUGUAAGUAUGUCAAAAUAUUUUUGCUCUGAUUGGUCUAUUUUCAAGAUGGACCGUUUAUUGAAAACGGCGGUAAGUCGGUUAGCUUAUAAAGGAUAUACAUAUAUAUUAGAAACGAUCGACAUCUUUUAUGGUAUAUAAAUUGAAUUUUUACUUGAUAUACAAAAUUCAAGUUGUUUUGCUGACGGAACUUAAUAUGGUAACGCACAUUUUACUCCUUUAAUGGGACAAGUUGGUAAGAGUGAAAAUUGGGUGCUCCUGGAUACGUAGCUAAAAAUCAAAGGUACUACCCAAGAUUCACGAGCUUAAUUUAAUUAUUGUAACAUAUCGAGGUUUUUCCCCAAAA